GUCUGCCCCGGUUACUAUUAAGUGGAACUCUCUAGUAUCACUAGCUAAUGUGGCCACCACUGACAACUGCUGUACUAAACUACACAGUACUAUGUAAAUAAUACACAGCUAUAUACAUAGUAUGCACGCAUCUUACACAUUACAGUGUAAACAUUACACAAUUAUAUACAGCUAAACAUUAUCGUCUGCCACAUUACGGCACAGAGUGGAACUCUCUAGUGUCACCAACAUGUCUACCGUUGACGUGGAAGAUGAAACAAUUCUGACGGCGAUAUUUAAAGAUUCUUUCCCCGAAAGUUGGAAAGAAAACCCUGAUUUUGUCCAAUACCUAGCAGAAUUAAGUUCUUAUGGUAUCGAGAAAUUGAGCCGAGAACCAGAGAGACUUGCAGAAGAGAAAGCACAGAUUCUCGAGGAAACUCAGGAUUUAGCAUUUCAUAAUUACAAAACAUUUAUUGAGACAGCUGAAUGUUCUAGAGAGAUCUUUGAAGAUUUUCAAAUCAUUGAGAAACAUGUUAGUAACUUAUUACAACAGUUGCCACCAUUCUCUUCUGAAUGUGAGAACAUUGCUAAACGAGCACAGGAGAUUAAUGCCAGCCGUCGUAUGAACAGUUUAACACUGCAACGUCACACCCAGUUACUGGAGAUCCUAGAGAUGCCACAACUGAUGGACACUUGUGUGCGAAAUGGUUACUAUGAAGAGGCUCUGGAGCUAACUGCUCAUGUGAAACGGCUGGAGAAGAAACACUACAAUCUUCCUGUCAUUGCUAGCAUCGUUGAUGAAGUUAAAGGAUCAACACAGUUGAUGUUGAAUCAGUUAAUCCAACAACUGCGGACCAACAUCCAACUGCCUCUUUGUCUAAGAGUUAUUGGUUACUUAAGAAGGAUGGAUGUCUUUUCAGAGGCUGAACUACGCAUCAAAUUUUUGCAGGCUCGCGAUGCAUGGUUCCAGUGUAUCAUUGAUGGAAUCCCAACAGAUGAUGCCUAUGUCCACAUCACCAAGAUAAUCGAAGCAAGUCGCGUCCACUUAUUCGACAUCAUAACACAGUACCGUGCCAUCUUCUCUGAUGAUGACACACUUGUGACAUCAUCGUCAUCGUCAGCACCACGCGACGACCUCCUCCAACAUUCCUCACCUUUCUAUAGCUGGCUCACACUCAAGGUGAACCAGUUCCUCAGCACUCUGGAGUGUGACCUGUCUAAAGGUGUUGGAGGCCGUCUAGACUCCCUGGUUGGUCAGUGUAUGUACUUCAGUCUGUCCUUCAGUCGUAUAGGGGCUGACUUCCGCAGUCUCCUGGUGCCAAUAUUCUACUCUGCUGCCCUCAACUCGUUUCAAGUGACACUCAACAAUGCUAACAAGAAGUUCUCUGAAAUGAUGCAGUCUUACAAUCUGAUGGGUUUAACAUUUACUGGAGGUCUUGCAUACAACAUGUCAACCCAGCCUGGUCAGUUAUACCCGCCUUCAGUUCUCCUGGAUUUUCAACCUUUGGCUAAUUAUUGUAACCAUGUGUUGACUGCCUUUAACGAUUUACGUUUGUGUCUGCCAAUCUCUUUGGCCUGUGACAUCAGCGACAAACUGGAGAAGUCUUUAUUGAAGGUCAAUGAUGUCAUAUUGUUGUUUCAUCGGGCGGAAGAAAGUACAUUAAGCAAUGCCGAGACUGACCAUUUGCAACACCUGCUUCAAGUCUACACCAAACAUUUUCUGCCUUAUGUACAGAAAUGCAUGUUAACAUUGUUUCCUCCGUCACAGCUGGCUCAGACACUGGGACUGACAGUUGUUGACCUCACAGCAAUGGGAAAUCCUGGCAGUUUAAACAUUGAAUCUAUCCAAGCGGGAGUCAGUCACCUGCUUCCUGAAAAGGAAGAUGAUGUCAUGGAAACAGCAGCAAUGGAAAUGAACCUUCCUCCUCUGGAAGACACCAAUGUAGAAGCAUCCCAGCAGAAUGCUCAAGAAGUUGAAAACGCAGUUACUAAGAGAGAACUUAGCCCAGAGAUGUCCUCAGCCACUGUAGCAGGAGAAACCCUUAAUACAUCUGCAGCUUCUACACCAGAGGAUACACUGGUUAUUUCCCCAGCCUCUGUAACUGAGGCAACUCCUGUCAUCCCAGCCUGUGUUCCUGAGGCAACAACAGAGACCUCGGCCUCCAUUCCUAAGACAACCCCUGUCACCCCAAUCUUUGUUCCAGGGGCAACCCAUGUCAUGCCAGCUUCUCUUCCAGAAGCAACCCCUGUCAUGCCAGCUUCUGUUCCUGAGGCAAGUCUUGUAACCCCGGCAACCCCAGCCUUUGUUCCUGAGGCCACCCCUGAUGUCCCAGCCUUUGUUCCUGAGGCCACCCCUGAUGUCCCAGCCUUUGUUCCUGAGGCCACCCCUGAUGUCCCUCCUAAGACCCUAGCCUUUAUUCCUGAGAUGAGCCCCGUCACAGCAGCUCCUUUCCCUGAAGCAACUACUGAUGAGUCUCCAACCACCAUAUCUAACAUGGCUUUUACCAUAGAUCCUACAAGAGUCAAUUUAUCCUCCCUCCCCCUGUCACAAGUGGUGCCUCAAGACAAUGAUCCUAACAUGAUCUUAACCACUGAAUCAUUAGACAGAAUAGACUUGGAUGAUAUUAAAUUAGAUGAAACUUCUGCCACUAACUGACCAGUCCAAGUGUGGUGGUGUUGGGAGGGACAGUUCUUGCAUCAUUCCUCGUUUAUUGAUUCUUUGGUCUUACUGAACUAUUUAUUAACUUUUUGGACAUUUAUAGAUUUUGGUUGUAAAUACAUUAAAAUAUUUUUCAAAUAAAUGUGUUGUUGAUUGACUGACGGCAUAAACACUGGUUUUAACUUGACUAAGGGCACUGAAGUUUUAAUUUGACAGAGUUUUCAUGAGGCUACAGCUAAGCCAUGCAGUACAGCUGUAGGUUAUUAAAUCAAGACAGGCAGAAAGCAGGGGAAGCAAUGCAAAUCAUCCAACAAUGUACAGAGAGAGAGAGAGAGAGAGCAACAAUAUACAGUUAAUCUAGGCAGUAGAGCUAAGCUAUAGAUUACAAAGGUUAGAGAUUAACUAGACUCCUUCAACUCUAUUACAUCAUCAGAGAUGGAUGGCACAGUAUAUUUUGCCUCAACUAGUUGAGCUGAAAUCCCACCACAACUUAAAUAAAACUUUUGUCAUGUAUCCCAUGUGGUUACAAUUUACAAAUCAUGGUACCUAUUUAGAAUUAAGUGGAAUGAGCCAGUGAGAGUUAACCUUUAUGAUAGACCCACACACAUAACACCUGGGACAUAAUUUCAAUUCCUAGUUAGAGAUAUUUCUCUAAAUAACUCCUUAGGUUGUCUAUGUUAAAUAUUGGGCUGGCAACUAAGUUCCCGCCGUUUUUCAUGUGAUGUAGUGGGGCUUCAAAGUUUGACUUGUGCAUAAUUAUGUCCUUUACAAAUAAAUGCAUGAAAUUUUGAUAUAAAGUCAAGGAAGUUAUUAAAAAUUGAAACCCAUCAGUGACUUUUGGAACAAGCAGUAUAAAUAUUUGUUUUUAUAUAUAUACUCACACAUUCUGCAUAUGACCAUUUUCUUUUUUUCUACACUCAUGCACACCAUCUGUAACUGUAUAUAAACCAGGCUCCUCUCAACAACAGACAACACGACAGAAAUAUUAACAAUAUUUACCAGAAACCUUUUAUUAAAACAGCAGACAGUCAUUUUAUUUUAAUAGAUUUUUUUUUUUUUUUUCCAUAUUUUUUUUCUUUGUUUCAACAACAAAUUCCUUUUAUGAAACUUUGGAAAUAAUAAAAAAAAAAAAGAUUUAUUUAGGGAGAAGACCUGAUUGUUUCUCUUUGAUUAACAAUGAUUCACCAACUUGAUAGGAUGACUAGAAGAUCUCUGGCUUGGCUCUACCUAACCAGCACAAACAGAACAACUAUUGUUUAAGGACAACGUUAGCAAAUAAGUGUCCCUGCUUUCAGCUAGCCUUAACAGCUUUCUGUUAAGGACAGGGGCUAGACACAGCAGUGAACGCUGCUCAUUUGGGUUUCUUUAAAACUACUCACAACAGCAUUUUUAUUUCUUUGUCUAACGAUUACACAUCAAUGGAAAAUAGUUGUUGGAAAAAAAAAAAAACAACAAACAUUAUUUCAA